CCUCGCAAAUUUGACGCAGGAACAUCGCAUCGACUUGGGACAUUCAGCAACUCUCACCGGCAUGUCCGACAACGAGUCCAGCGGAAUUCACGAGGACACCGACAAUGACUUUGCAUGCAGGAAGGAUUGCAUCGAUCAGCACAAUACCCCACGAGCUCCUCCUCCGCAUAUCCGAUUACCUUGACGCCGACACCUAUCUGCUAUUCCGGCAAGCAUGUCAACGCAUCUAUAAUGUACUUGGAGACAACAUUGACCGCUGGACGGUGCACACAAAUGGGGACGACACAUUCGUCACCAUCGGCUGCAUGGGCGGGAGACAGCAAGUCGUGCGGUUCGCUCAAACGGGCGACGAUCUGACGGCACCGAAGUUCGAUAGAGAGAUCAGCUCGAUGUCUGAGGUGAACGGGAUAGUUAGCUACAACCGACUGUUUCUCGGUCUGCGGAAGAAGGGACACAGAGCGGUCGCGGGUGGGAUGCCGCUGUACGCUCGGCCGCAGCCGUGGAAUGAGGGUAGGAACUGCAGGAUAGCCUAUUACGAGGUGACCAUUUUGGAAGUUGGCGUGGACGAAUGUGGGAUGGAGGUCGGACUCGGAAGUGAGGAUCAUUCCUUUGAGCAUCCGCCGGGAUCUGUGGGGCGCAGUGUAGGGUAUUGUAGCGAUGACGGGUCGUUGGCCCUUGGGCACAGGGAUGGCGAGCAUUUCCAGUUUGCGGCGAAGUGGGGGAAGGUCGGGGAUGUUGUUGGGUGUGGUUACGUUCAUGUACCCUCGGAAGCAAGCACCGCUGAAGGACAAGCAGCGCGGGCACCAUUCGCCAUGUCGAGAGCGGUCAUCUUCUUCACCCUGAACGGGCAUUGGGUCGGCGACGCACCACACACGAUACACACCACCCCAUUUGACUACCGACAUAACUGGUUCCCAGUCGUUUCGGCAGCCGGACCUUGCCAUGUUGGCGUCAACCUCGGCGAAAUACCCUUCAGAUUCACUUUGGCAAACGAUGCCCUUCGUGGAAUGCAUCGGGAUUUUGUCCGACAGCCGCUGCUCGAUCAGGAAUGCCCAAUGAGGAUGGUUCCCAACUGCCUCCCGAAAGAGGUCGCGGAUUUACCCAUCGUACACAUUAUCCAUGACAUUCAACAAGAUGAAUCGGAAACAUCCGAGCUCAUCACCUUCCCACCUUUACUCACCGAAACCCAAAACCCGAACCCCUGCUCGGCAAUCUCAACAUUCCCAAUCGACCUCUCCCAGGAUUUCCAAUUCACCGUCAAGAUCAUAUCCGCCCCACCCUCAACAAACAUCAACCCAUCCUUUCUCUCCCUGGGCUUCGCACCACACCCCUGCUCUUCGUUCUACCACAUUGGCUGGGAGUACGGCAGCAUUGGGUAUCACACGGACGACGGACGGGUAUACCAGGGUUCAUUCUGCUUUGGGAGACCUGGCACAAGGGGAGUUGUGCCAGCUGUGGAGGCCGGGUCGGUCUUGAUGUGCCGGUAUCGGGCGGACGCUAGGUGCGUCACUUUCAUGCAAGACGGGCUUGAAACGGUAGGAUCUUUCAUACAUAGUUUGGACCCGCUGCAUGUGGCGGUUGCUGCCGGGCCUGGAUGGGCUGUACAAAUCACCUUUGCAAGCAUAGCAUAGUCUUACAAUAGCAGUGCUUGCGGCGUACAGAUAAUUCGUUUCGACGAACGUAGAUACAUAGAUCUCUCGCAGAGGAAUACAUCUCUGAAUCAAGACAA